AUGAAUCUCUCUAGUCUUGUUCACCAGCGAAAAAAUCAUCAACAACAACAUUUUUCUCACUAUAAUAACACAUCAGAAGCAAUGGCAUCAUCGAUGGUUUCAAAUCCCUACACAGUCCAUCCUAUGGCUCAACACUCUUCCUAUACAUACGUUAACGCACCUCAACCACCACCUUCACCACCCGUCGACGAAACUUCAAAGUGUUCCCUACCAUCCAUUUCAAGUCUAUUGGGUUUGGCCGAUGGAUCUAGUCCUACAGAGCAAGUUCAGCAACAGUCAUCGCCACAACAAGCAGCUUUCAAGGAAGAUUAUAGACCUGAUUCUGGACAUCAGUACGGUCCUUCUUCAGCAAUGAGCUCUCGAGGUGCUCUUCCACCCACACCUCCAAUGCAAUCUGACGGCGGCUUCGACGGCAGACAAUCACCGCCUCAAGCAUCUAGUUCAUCAUAUCCAGUAGUCCCCGCACCAAACUAUUAUUUUAAUCCUUCUCAAGUCUCGGCCAUCAAUAAUAUGGAGCCUCACGCACAACGUCAACCAGUCCAAACUGUUACUCGAAGAGUUUCAAUGCCAGUGUCUUCAAUGCCAUAUGGUCAUUCGCCGUUCAACGGAUCCUACACUAUGUCACCUGGCGCCCAAUCUUUGAGCUCUUACUACCCGAGCCCACUGCAAACACAAUCUCCUCAAAGUUCUGGACUAUACUAUCAAAGACCCCUUCCACAGCAAUUCCCUCCACCAAUGAUGCCAGUGUCUGUGACUCUAACUCCAUCAUCCGGUGCUAAUCCGUGGCAACACCAUCAUUAUAUCUCUCCUUCGUCAGCAGCCUCAUUUCCUCAGUCACAGGACAGAUAUAUCUGUCAGACUUGCAACAAAGCUUUUUCGAGACCAUCGAGUCUCCGAAUUCACAGCCACUCACACACUGGCGAGAAACCCUUCAAGUGUCCACAUCAAAACUGUGGGAAAGCCUUCAGCGUUAGGAGUAACAUGAAGAGACACGAGCGAGGUUGCCACAGUUUUGAAAGCGGCUCAAUGAUCUGA